UCAACACGAUGACAUCUCCAGUGGUGGCUCUCUUUCUUCUCACAUGGUUGCUCUUGGUGAAAAUGGCUCAGACGGCUGAUCUGAAAUUCUCUUCAUCUGGUCGUCAGGAGAGAAGAUUUGUAUCAGUUACAACUGGGGACAACUUGACUUUGCAGUGUCUCUCUAAAGACGAUGUUUUUCCUCCAAGACUUCGCUGGUAUAAACAAACUCUAAGUAAGAAUCCAAGGCUCAUCUCUAAUUACUACAAGUAUGAAACAGAUGUCACUUUUUAUGAUGAGUUCAAGAACAAUCCACGCUUCACGCUGGAUACAAAAAAUGGCAAGAAUCACUUAAUGAUCACUGAUUUGAACAUUUCAGACUCUGCUACCUACUACUGCAUAAAGUUCUAUGCAAACGAUUUGACGUUUUUAGAGGACAUUACUGUCAGCGUGAUGGGUUCAGGUUUGAACGUCCCAGCUCGAGUCCAUCAGUCAGCAUCUGGGAGCAUCCAGCCAGGAGGCUCUGUGACUCUGAACUGUACAGUACACACUGGGACCUGUGAUGGAGAACACAGUGUUUACUGGUUCAAACACUCUCAAGAAUCUCAUCCAGGACUCAUUUACACCCAUGGAGGCAGGAAUGAUCAGUGUGAGAGGAAAGGCAACACACAAACACGCACCUGUGUCUACAACUUGCCAAUGGAGAGCCUGAAUCGUUCUGACGCUGGGACCUACUACUGUGCUGUUGCUUCAUGUGGACACAUACUGUUUGGAAACGCAACCAAGCUGGCCUCUAAGGAUGAGGUGGACUGUCUCACCUUGGUGUAUUUCUUGAGUGGCGCUUUGACAUUAACCAUUGUCCUGGUGGUUUUGCUGGCUCUCUCAGUGUUCAAGAUGAAGAAGAGAAAGAGCUGCCAGUCGACGGGUAACUGGAACUUUUAUCAUUUCUUCUUUUUUUUUUAUUGGUUCUCUGAUUUCCUGUUUUUGUAUCCAGAGUCUCAAGCAAGCUCUCCACCUUCCUCCACAGAAAAUGCAGCGGGUAACCAAGAAGCUGAAAACCUCCAUUAUGCUGCUUUAAGUGUUAACCGAACCAAGAGAACAAGAAGACAGAGGAACAACACCAACAACGAAUGUGUUUACUCCAGUGUGAAGCUCUAGAACUGUAUGUGUUUUUUGCAUUGCAUGAGUACGGUGUCAGUUCUCCCAAGAAUCUUUUGGGUGCUGUCACAUAGGAUUAGAUGUAGAUCCUCUGAUUUAAAUUUCUUGUGAUAUGGUUCCAUGGAUAAUUAGUUUUCUCACUGAAAUCAUCUAUCGAAACUCUUAACGUACCAGUAAAUUUAGAAGAACAAUUAUUUUCUUCAAGCUCCAAUUAGGCUU